UACCGAGCUGUAGGGGAUGGCGGAGCACAGGGCUUCCCCCUACCGGUCAUGGGGUGGGACUGACCGCGAGCGUCUCUGGGGGAGUGGGAGGGACCGAUGUAAACAGGAUGUGCUCGGUGCUGACAGUACGUGGGAAGCAGCAGCGGCGUCUGUGGGUAAACAGCCUAGCUGAGGCCAAGAGCUGACACUCUGAAUGGAGAAUGUUAGUAAAUAACAAAGACUGUGGUGUAGAGACACCAAGAUGGAGGGUGUAAGACGGGUGUGUCUGACGUGAGGGUGCUGGAGCAUUAGGGUUGGGUUUGACAUGUUUGGUCUGCAGUAAGUUAAGAUCUACAGGAAUGUAACUUAUUACCUUUGUUGGGACACAGACAUUUACUGUAUUAGAAGGACUUGUGAAGAGGAUGACUACAAUGAAUGGCAGAUCAUAAUUAUCCAGCAGUGUCUUAAAAGCAAAGGUCAGUAUGACGGCAACAGCUGCGGUGAGUCCUAGUGAAUACCUACAACCUGCCGCUUCUGCUUCCCAGGACACACAGCCCUCUCCCCUGGCUCUCCUUGCAGCCACAUGCAGUAAGAUUGGACCCCCUGCAGUUGAAGCCGCUGUGACUUCUCCUGUACCACCAAGGCCAAACCGCAAAAGGCUGAUACCUAUAAAGCCUGCACCAUUACCACUGAGUCCAGGGAAGUCUGGUAUAGGGCUGUUGUCCAAAGGUAAUGUCAUCCAGAUCCCGCAGCUUGGCACAGGAAAUGGGCAGCUCUUCUUUACCAUCCAGAACCCAGUUGGCAAGGCUGGGCGUUAUCAAGGCAUACAAGCAACAACACAGGGAAUUCCACAGAAUUUGGGUAAUAUACAAGCAACAACACAGGGAAUUCCACAGAAUUUGGGUAAUCCGUUCCAGAUCAUCAGUUCCACUGAUGGCGGCACAACACUUCAACUUACUCAAGCUUCAGGCUCUUCAAAACAUGUGCCCAUUAAGCCUGCCCCUCCACAGAAAACCAGCAAUCUAGUAAAAGUGACUGGAAAUGCUGGCAAUACCCUCACAUUGGCACUGCCCCUCAAUAGUCUGACAGACUCCUCCACUGAAACUAGCACUCAGAUUAUGCCAAGCAAGCAAAGCAAAAAGCCACGUAGGAAGCCUCUUCCACCAGGACCAACCCCAGGCUCACCUACCCAGGAGCAAGUGGAGACUGUUUUAAUUGAGACAACAGCAGAAAAUUUCCUGCAAGCUGGUAACAACCUGCUGAUUGUCCAGGGCCCUGGCACUGGGCAGCAUGCUGUACUUCAGCUGGUACAGCCCAAGACUGACACACAGCUAGUACAGAUACCCCAGCAGGCGCUGAGAGUGGUACAAGCUGCGUCGGCUACACUGCCAACAGUACCACAAAAGCCAGCACAAAGUGUCCAGAGCACAGACCUCUUACCCACACAGAUUUAUUUUCGCACAUCUACUGGGGAAUUGCAGACUCUGGUGAUGCAGGAUGCUCUUUCUAUUCCUCAACCAUGCUCAACAGGAGGCACAGCAUCGAUGGGAACACAAUCUUGCACUCCUACUAAGAAAAAUACCACUCGCAAAGAGCGGUCCUUAGCCAAAAUUGCUCCAGCGGGGAGCAUUAUUACCAUGAAUACAGCACAGCUAGCAGCCACUGCCCAGGCCAUACAGACUAUAAGUAUCAAUGGAGUUCCAAUGCAAGGAUUGCCUGUAACAAUCACCAAUGCUGCAGGGCAACCGCAGCUCAGUGUGCAGAACGUGUCCAGUAAUAACGUUGCCAUCAGUGGCCUCAGCCCUUCCCAGAUACAACUGCAGAUGGAACAGGCCUUGUCUGGGGAGCUACAGCCAGGAGAGAAGAGGAGGAGGGUGGCCUGUACAUGUCCAAACUGCAAGGACGGGGAGAAGGGGUGGGGUCCCCCCGGCAGGAAGAGGCACGUAUGUCACAUCCCUGAGUGUGGGAGAACAUUUCGCAAGACUUCACUCUUGAGGGCUCACGUUCGGCUGCAUACGGGGGAAAGGCCAUUUGUGUGCAACUGGGGAUUCUGCACAAAGAAGUUCACCCGCAGUGAUGAGCUGCAGAGGCACGCACGAACGCACACAGGUGACAAGCGCUUUGAAUGCCCUCACUGUCAGAAGAGGUUCACACGCAGCGACCACGUCAGCAAGCAUUUCAAGACACACCUCGUGCCAAAGAAGCUGUAAUGCUAGUGGAAAACACAUCCCAACUGUAUGGGACCCCAAAAAUGAUGCCAUUGUGCGCCGAGUGAGAACUCUUUCAAAUAUGUUGGGCCACCCAAAAAUAACAUUGCUUUAGCGGGACACCCAACCUGAGAUUCCUAGUAGUAAUGAGCAGCAGAACACCCUUGUAUUGCUGGAGUGUACUUGGCAUGCAGAGUACUUCACGGUCUCUAGGAACAAGUGUCGCAGUAUGAUGGGAUCGCAGCCCUACUCUUUCAGCACCAAUGGGGUAAUGAACUUUACAGCAUAGUGGGUACUACUGCUCUCUGUAACAAAAAGUGUGCAUUACCUGACACCAACCUGUUGGUUGAACCAGAUCAUUCCCAUUUUUAAAAUGAACCCCCCCCCCCCCCCCCUCCCACCUAAAGGAAGGUGCCUUAUUACCUCCCCUCUUCCAGUAUCCUUGCGUGUAAAAGCUUACUUGUAUUUGCGCUAAACUGCUUUCCAUGCUGUGCGGGAGAGGCGGCUGUGCUGCACUCACAUCCGCAAUACCAGGUGCCCAGGACAGAAUUCCCUACAAUUCUCCAUGAUGAAAUGGCAGGAGUUUCUGCCCCAUGUAUACUUAUUUUUGGGUAUCUGUGCCAGAACAUCUGUUCCUUUCUCUCUGUGCAGUGUGUAUGACACAUGUAUUUACAAUGUUAGCUAUAACUGAGCUUUUAAUUUCAAAUAAAGAGGGGAUUUAACUUGUG